GACUUAACCGUGUCAAUCUCUCCAAAUGUUUUAACUGCGAUUUUGUUUUCCUCAUUUUGAACCUGAUUUGUUUUUUUUUGAGAUCGAAGAAUAAUAAACAAAUACGAAAUGAUGCACAAGGGGGAUGAGGAGAAAACGUUUGUGUUGUGGAACAUUAGCAAAUGUCCGAUUCCCGAUGGACAUGAUCCUCGUCUGGUCGGUCCGAGAAUAGAAUCGGCGUUGAAAAAGUCAGGCCAAUGGCGCUGCCGCUAUGGUCCUCUCUACAUCACUGCCGUUGGCAACCUAACCCAGAUCCCUGGUGGAGACGACGUCCUGCGAACGCUUUCUUCCACUGGAAUGGCUCUUAAACAUGCCCACGAUGUUCAAUGGCAUUUGUAUGAGUGGACCGAAGAGAAUCCAGAUCCGGCUACUAUAAUGCUCAUAACCGGUUCUGAGGAACUGGAAGGGUUGGCUCGUACACUUUACGACCUAGAAAAUCAGGGAUACAGAAUUCUUCUAGCAUAUCCUCAACGAGCUCCAGCUCCAGACUGGCUCUGGCUAAGCUUUCUUAGAGAUGUUUCUAAAGAAUGGUUAUGGGAUAGCUUAAUGUCAGAUGAGGAUAUGGAGGAUAAUAAACAGGAGCCAACAAGACUUGUUCUUCAGGACUACAAGCACAGUGAAACGGGUGAAUCUCCCUGGUUUUGCUCAGUUUGCGAUUUUGCUGCCCAAAGCUUUGAAGAUUUCACCACGCAUCUCAAGAGUGAAAAACAUGCAUUUUCUGAGUGGGACUUGGAGGCUAGUCAUAACAAUGUGAAUCGACUAGACCCUGCCAACAUCGAGUGGGACUUGCUGGUUAGUCAAGACAUAGCGUUUCGUACUUCUCAACGCCAAGGGCCAGGCCCAUUUAUGCCUCCAAACAUUGAUACUAUGGUGAACAGUCAAUCAAAGGCAAGUUUUAACAUCUCAAGUUGAGAUUCUAAUUUUUAAUUGGAUUGUGUUCAACUAGACCUCAGAUGUGAAAUACAUAGCAUGAUUUUGG